CUUAUAUCAGUGGCUCCACCACCAAUCUCAUGGAUAUAUAUAUUGACAUGCAUGCCGAGGAAGAAGCACGCAGUAGCUUUCAUAUCAACAGCCUACUGACAUGGCCAACAUGCAUGGCAGCAUCCCAAGGAUUGACUUCGCCGGAAUAAUCGACCUAGCCGCGUUGCCGCCGCCGGCAGCGCCGCCUCCCCCCGGCGCCGACCACCUACGGCCACGGUGGGCCGCCGUGCGCGCCGCCGUCAUGGACGCGCUCCGCGCGCACGGCUGCUUCGAGGCGGUCGUGGACGGCCUCAUCUCCCCGGAGCUCCGCGCCGCCGUGCUCGGCCCGGGCGGCGCGGCGGAGUCCGUGCUGUCGCUGCCGGCGAGCGCCAAGGCGCGCGGCAACGACCCCGGCGAGGGCAAGCCGUACCACGGCUACGUCGGCGGCAUCCCCGGCCUGCCCUACGAGAGCGUGGCCAUCUCCGACCCGCUCUCCCCCACCGCCGUCCGCGCCUUCGCCGCCCGGGUGUGGCCGGCCGCCGCCGCCGCGUUCCCGGAGGAGGCGGUGGUCGCGUACGCGGGGAGGCUGGCGGCGGUGGAGGCGGCGGUGCGGCGGAUGGUGCUGGAGAGCGUGGGCGCGACGGCGUCGUCGGCGGGGGCCGUGGAGGCGCAGGCGGCGGCGACGGCGUUCAAGCUCCGGCUGUCGGAGUACGCGGCGCCCGGCGGUGGGGAAGAUGCGAGGCUGGGGCUCCCCGCGCACCGGGACACGAGCUUCCUCGCCGUGGUGACGCAGAACGGCGUGGACGGCGUCGAGGUGGAGUGCGGCCGCGGCGACGGCGGCUGGGCUCGCCCAACGCUCUCGCCGAGCUCCUUCCUCGUCUUCUCCGGCGACACGCUCAAGGCACUGACAAACGGGCAAGUGUACAACCCUCUGCACCGGGUGGUGGUGUCCGGCGACGAGGCCCGCUACUCCGCCAUCCUCUUCUCCCUCCCGGUGGACGGCGCCGCCGUCCGCCCGCUCGACGAGGCGGUCGACGGCGACCACCCGGCCAUGUACAGGCCAUUCGACUACGGCGAGUACGCCGUGUUCUGCUACUUGCCGGAGAACAUGACGCCGGAGGUCAUGAAGCACGCCCACAAGCUGGAGGCCUUCGCCGCCGUGCGCACCACUACUACUGCAUCUGCAUCUGCAUCUGCCCCUUAAUUAGAUGGUGUAGCAGCAUUAUAUUCGCACAGAGAUUUUUAAAAAGAAAUGUUUCAUCGUCGGAUCACCGUUGAUUAUUUGUUUGUUGAUUUUUGUAGUACGAUAUGUGGUCUCCAUUUAUGUAUGUUAUAGCUUAAAAUAUUGAA